AUGGAAAAAAAUAGUAGCAAGUACUUCAACAAACACCAAACCAUGAAGAAUGUUAAAGAAUAUUCAUGGGAUAAUAAUUAUGUAGAUCAUCAAGGUGGUGAUUUAGUUGGAGGGUUUUUAUGGCCACCAAGAUCUUACACAUGUAGCUUUUGUAAAAGAGAAUUUAAAUCAGCUCAAGCUCUUGGUGGUCAUAUGAAUGUUCAUAGAAGAGAUAGAGCAAGGCUUAGACUUCAAUCACCAACAAUUCUUGAAUCAAACCCUAACCCUAUUUCAAACCCUAACCCUAACCCUAACCCUAGUUUUGUUUCAUCACCAUCUUCUCCUUCAACAAAAUUAUUCCCUCCUUUUGUUUCAACAUUACCUCCAUUAUUAUCUCCUAAUUCAUUUUCUUCUUCAACCGCCGCGGGCGGAGGCUCUCAUGAGAUGAAAAAUGGAGAUUUGACAAAAAUGGGAAGUGCAAAAUUUGAGGAAAAUGGAAAAGAAUGUAGUGAAGUGGUGAAGAGGAGUGAAUUUUUGAGAUUGGAUUUGGGAAUUGGUUUGAUUAGUGAAUCAAAAGAUGAUUUGGAUUUGGAGCUUAGACUUGGUUACAUUUAG